AUGAGGGCCCCAGAUCAGCUCCUGGGGCUAUUGCUGCUCUGGCUCCAAGGUGCCAGAGGUGACAUCCAGGUGACCCAGUCUCCAGCCUCACUUUCGGCAGCUGUAGGAGACACAGCCACCAUCACUUGCAGGGCCAGUGAGGACAUUAACUAUGGCAUACAUUGGUAUCAAAAGAUAUCAGGAAAAGCCCCUAAACAGCUGAUUUAUGUGGCAGAUCAAUGACUUUCUGGGGUCCCAGCAAGGUUCAGUGGCAGUGGAUCUGGGACAGAUUUCACUCUCACCAGCAGCAGCCUGCAGCCUGAAGAUGUUGCUGUUUAUUUCUGUCUACAGGGCUAUGAUAGCCCUCCCACAGUGAUAGAAGCCAUGACCUAA